CAUACAUUAUACAUUUACUUCUACCAUAGAAGUAGAUUGUUCCUUUCUGCAUUUCUAAUUUUCUAUCCGUCGGUCAGAAAUUACAAGCAAAAAAAAAAAAAAAAUUGUGAAUUACUCCUAUUAUGGAACAAAUAAUAUUUUACAACUAAUUUAUUGGGAAAAUACAGUUUCGUUUAAACUUCAUUCAUUAAAAGAGAGUGGGGGUGGAUAGAGAGAGAAAAAAAGGAAUAGAGAUGGUUGAGCUGAGGAAGCUCCUGAUAAUCAGCAUUUUGUUGCUAAGUUCAAGCUUCAUUUAUGGUGACACAGAUCAAUCAGAUGCUGCUGCUCUCAAUGUCAUGUUCAGCAACAUGUAUUCACCUCCUGUACUCACAGGGUGGACUGCUAGUGGCGGUGAUCCAUGUGGUCAGUCAUGGAAGGGUGUCACUUGUUCAGGUUCAAGGGUAACAAAAAUAAAAUUAUCAAAUCUUGGACUUACCGGGUCAAUAGGUUAUCAGCUUGCGAGUUUAUCAGCCUUGACUGACUUUGACAUCAGUCAUAACAACUUCGGAGGCAAUGUACCUUAUAACCUUCCUCUAAAUGUGUUGCGACUAAACCUUGCUGGUUGUAACUUCAAUGGAGCGGUACCUUAUUCAAUUUCUACUAUGAAGUCUCUGGAGCACCUAGACCUCAGCCAAAAUCAAUUUAAUGGACAGCUAAAUAUCGAUUUUACACAGCUUUCCAAACUCUCUACAAUGGAUCUCUCGAACAAUGCUCUCACUGGAAAUCUUUCAUCAACUAUGAGCUCCUUGUCCAGUUUGAACUCCUUGUACUUGCAAAAUAACCAGUUCACAGGCACAAUUGAUGUUUUAGGGGACUUGCCACUGAAAAAUUUGAAUGUUGCCAAUAACCAUUUUACCGGAUGGGUUCCUAGGCAGUUACAAGGCAUUAAUAUACAAAAGGAUGGUGACUCGUGGAGCUCAGGACCUGCACCCCCCGCUCCACCCAGAUCACGAAGCAAUCAUCAUCCUUCCGGAAAUCAUGGAAAUUCCGAUUCAGAUUCUGAAGGCGGAAAAUCUAGUAUCAGUGCCGGUGCCAUCGUUGGAAUAAUAUUGGCUAUUCUUGUAGUCGUAGGAGUAUUAGGAUUUUUCAUAUUUAAGAGAAGAAUACGGAAGCCUUCUUCUGAUGUAGAGAAGAUCGAUAUCAAUAAGCCUUUUGUUGCAGCUGCUUCAAAUGAUGUUGAAGGUAAACCUGAGUUUGCAGAGUUGAAGUCAGUGCAUUCUUCAUCCUCAAUCACCACAACCACACGUGACACAGCUACAUCAGUUACACUUAAACCACCUCCGGUUGAUCGUAACAAAUCAUUUGAUGAUGAAGACAUCUCAAACAAGCCUGUCGUGAUCAAAAUUCCUACACCAGUGCCAGAAAAUGUGAAAUCAUAUUCUAUAGCAGAUCUGCAAAUGGCCACGGGCAGUUUUAAUAUUGAGAAUCUUGUUGGAGAGGGGUCUAUUGGACGUGUAUAUCGUGCUGUAUUUGAUGAUGGAAAGGUUCUUGCUGUGAAAAAGAUAGACUCAUCUAUCCGAGCAAACCAUCCUGAAGAUUUCACGGAGAUUGUCGCCAGCAUUUCCAAACUUCAUCAUCCAAAUGUCACCGAGCUAGUUGGCUAUUGUUCAGAACAUGGACAACACUUACUAAUUUAUGAAUUCCACAAGAAUGGGUCGUUGCAUGACUUUUUACAUCUUGAUGAUGAAUAUAGUAAACCAUUAACAUGGAAUACCCGUGUGAAGAUUGCUUUGGGGAGUGCACGUGCACUUGAGUACCUGCACGAAGUUUGCUCACCAUCAGUAGUUCAUCAAAAUUUUAAGUCGGAGAACAUAUUACUUGAUGCAGAGCUCAACCCUCAUCUUUCUGACUGUGGGUUGGCAAGUCUCCUUCCAAAUGCAAAUCAGGUAAUUAACCAUAAUGCUUGUGCCCCUGAAGUUGCUGAUUCCGGUCAGUAUACUUUAAAGAGUGAUGUCUACAGUUUUGGGGUCGUUAUGUUAGAGCUUCUCACAGGACGAAAACCAUUUGAUAGCUCUUUGCUAUGGGCUGAACAGUCAUUGGUUCGAUGGGCAACACCUCAGCUGCAUGACAUUGAUGCUUUGACUAAAAUGGUGGAUCCUGCUUUAGAAGGUCUCUACCCAGUAAAGUCUUUGUCGCGUUUUGCUGAUGUUAUUGCUCUUUGCGUUCAGCCUGAGCCUGAAUUCCGCCCCCCUAUGUCAGAGGUGGUGCAAGCUUUGGUUCGAUUGGUUCAACGAGCAAACAUGAGUAAGAGAACUGUCAGUAACGCAGCCCGUCAAUCAGAAAGUGCAGAAACAAGUGAUAGUGUGAAUUGAAUGAAUCUCUCUACAAUAAUUUAUUAUUUCAGAUCCUCGCCCUGACCCGAGUGAAGGUUUAGUUUAUAUCUUCUCACCUCAUAAUUUUUCUCUUCUAUAACCUCGUUUCUUUUUACCUAACCACGUUUCAGGGUACCGAAUACCGACUCUGUCAUUGAAAAGAAUUUUCCCGUUUUUCUUUGCUUUUUGACAUCACCUUGUGUUGUAUGAUAUAUGUAAUGAAGGUGAAGAUAGGUUUAAUUUAUCACUCUUCAUGUAGUACAUCCUUGCGAUAUCGGUAGCAGAAAGAAUGUUCAUGAAAUGUGAGUUGAGAAUGCUCAAAUUUUGUACAAAAUGCUUUCGAACUUGCAACGAUUGACAUCGUAGGUAUAGCUUUGUCGAGAUUUAAUUCUCGUAUUACUUGUUAGCUUUAUCGGGAUUUAGUUGUCAUAUUACUGGUAAAUUGUAAUGUUAAUUUUUAAUGUAAAUCUCUGGGUGGUCCAUUAAAUGUUAAAUGAAUUCCCUUUUCAAGUUGGAGAGCACUCUAAUUUGAUGCAUGAAUGAACAAUGAUGAGUAGGUGACUGAUAAUUGCUGCCCAGCAAACAGGCAUAACCCAGCAACAAAUUAUGGCAUUUUGAUUAACAACCAUAUUCUCUGUGUUUUAAAACCAUGGCGGGUCGCAUUCUUGUUCAUUUUUGGGAUUCAGGAGAAAUAACAAACAAUACAUGUGGUUGAGUAGUUGGUCUUGCAGAACGGUAGAAGAUGAGUAUGGUUGGACAACAAGUUUAUAUGUCGACGUGGUUAAGAGCCAGCCACAACUCGGGGCCAACUGCCUCCUCCUUAAGUAAUGAACUCUUUGACCCCAAUUUAGUUCUAACGGCCAACGUGAAUCUGCUCACACAUAAAGCUAGUAGGCGUGG